AUGGCUGGAAUUGUGGUGGUUUUUGACUUUGACAAGACCAUCAUUGAGUGUGAUAGUGAUAACUGGGUGGUGGAUGAGUUGGGUGCAACUGAUUUGUUCAAUCAACUUCUUCCCACCAUGCCUUGGAACUCUCUCAUGGAUAGGAUGAUGAAGGAGCUUCAUUCACAAGGAAAAACCACUGAAGACAUUGUAGAGGUUCUGAAACGAACUCCAAUUCAUCCUAGAGUCGUCCCAGCAAUUAAAGCAGCCCAUGCUUUAGGGUGUGAUUUGAAAAUUGUUAGCGAUGCAAAUCUGUUUUUUAUUGAGACAAUCUUGAAGCAUCUUGGGCUGGAGGAGUAUUUCUCAGAGAUCAACACCAACCCUAGCUAUGUGGAUGAACAAGGAAGGGUUAGGAUUUCUCCUCACCAUGAUUUCAUCAAAUGCUCUCAUGGCUGCAGUCUCUGCCCUCCCAACAUGUGCAAGGGUGUGGUCAUUGAAAGAGUCCAGACUUCUCUCUCCAGUGAAGGGAAGAAGAAGAUAAUCUAUCUUGGAGAUGGCAGUGGUGAUUAUUGCCCAAGCUUGAAGCUCAAGGAAGUAGAUUUUGUAAUGCCAAGGAAGAACUUCCCACUGUUUGACCUAAUCUGCAAGGACCCAUUGCUCAUCAAAGCUGACAUCCAUGAGUGGACUGAUGGGGAGGAGCUUGAGCAUAUUCUGCUCAACCUCAUCAACACAAUUGCCACGGAAGAAAAUGCUCAGUUUAUCUCAGCAGCUGAUUGCAAGUUGCAGACCAUGUCUGCUCAUGAGGCCUUGCCUCAGGCUCUCCCUGUCCGGCAAUAG